AUGAAUACCAUCAUUAAAAUGAAUAUGAUUGAUGUGUCCAAAUCCUUCCGGCCAAGUUUAAAACUUGACUCUGCACUUGUUGGGACAAAAGUAACGGGCUCCAUUGACACGACAACUUCUUCAUCGCACUUUGAUAAUGGCUUCCGUAUCUCCAGGGUAAAAGUUUUGGGAUUCCAGGGCGGGAAGCAUCCGGUGAAUUUCGCAGUUGACGCUGCAGAGUUCUGGGAUUCGGGAGGAAGGGAGUCAAGUCCCGUUCACCCCAUUGGCCCACCUCGGGCUUUGUCUGGCUUCUCCCCUUCAUACGACGACGACGACGACGACGACGACGGGCAACCGAAUGAGCUGCCAGAUUCCAGUCCCGAACCGCGAUAG